AAAUAAAAAAACCUCAGAGAUCGAUCGAGAAACCCAGAGAUCCAAAUUUCUGUCGUGUAAAUCGCAUUUGUGUCUCUGGAGAUCUCGUCCGACCUUUCCCACCGAUUCCGUGCUGAUAAAACGAUGAUCGAUGAUCAAGACUUGGGGUUUAUUGUCAAUUCUCUUGGCAUCUUCAUCUUCGCAUUGGUAAUUGCUUAUCACUACGUUGCUGCUGAUCCCAAGUUUGAAGCGACCUGAGUGAUGGAAACUUUAGAAUGGAUUGAUGAUGUAAGGCUUUUUAUUAGUUUAUAGUAUUAUUAUUUACCUGCUUCAAACUGAAAAGAGAUAAUAAUAACAGUCUUGUUGAGGAGAUGAAUAUGUUGUUACAAUGUUCCUAAUCCAUUUCCCAUUUUUCAUUA